UUUAGUUUACCAACGGCCCCCGAGUCGCAACCUCUGCCGCGGCCGGCACACGGAAACGCACGCGGCCGUCCUAGAAAUAAGAGGAAAGGACAGAGAGAAGAACAGUAAGUGAGAAGAGACGGAACCCGCGAAGCGAUGACGUGAAGCGGCGGCGGCGGCGACCACAAGACAAAGACGCGGAGAGAAAUCACGGAUCGAGAGAAAGAGAAAAAACGCGCACUUGCGUUCUGUCUCGUGCAUACACUCUAGUUCCGCGAGUCUAUAUUUAUUUCCGCGAGGGGAAAGAUCCAGCGACACAAAGAGCAAAAGAAGUCGGAGCGGGCACUCGCAUUCAUCUGCGCUCUCUUGGACAUGCACUCGUGAGAAGCUCGCCGAGGGAAGCUGCGAACAGACACGCGAGCGCCAGGGACUGCGUCGGGAAGGACCAGACAGUGAAGGAUACCGCGACGAGAUGAGAUACAAGGUGAACGACCCGGAAGAUAAUGAGAGGGGCACGGGGGAGCACGCGAAAGGAAACUCGGAUGUGCCGUGGCAUUACGGUCAAAGAAAUGAGAAGAAAUCGAGCGGUAAGGAGAUGAGGCUCGUGAUUGUCGUCGGACUGUUGGCGGUGACCGUGAUCGCCCUCGUCGUAACACUGACCUUACAGAUGGCGGUUUUCCGCAGGAGAGAAUACAAAGAGAUGUGUCAGAGCGAGGAGUGUAUCAAAACAGCGGCGCGUGUGAUAAGCGCGAUGAACAGAUCCAUGGAUCCUUGCCGAGACUUCUACAGCUUCGCCUGCGGUGGCUGGAUCAACAAACAUCCGAUUCCUCAAAGCCAAAGCUACUGGGACCAGCUGAGCUUGCUCAGGGAGGAGCUCCUGAAGAAUUUAAGACUCUUACUCGAGGAAUCGGACAAAGAGACCGAUCUCAAGCCGGUGAAGUUGGCGAGAUCCCUCUACAGAACUUGCAUGGAUGUUGCGAACGUCGAGGCUCUGGGACUGGAACCCAUCUUCGAGGUGCUCGACAAAUUGGGUUUGCCGAAGGAGCCGCCGCUGCGCGGCAAAAUACCCGCUGUCGAUUUGCCGAGGAUAGCCGGCAUGGCGCAGAGGAAUCUCGGCCUGAACUUCCUGCUUCAUUUCUACAUCAGCGAGGACAUUCGUGACACUACGAGGAAUCGCAUGAUGAUGGAGCAAGUGUCACCCGGAUUUAGCGAGCGUUACCUGCUGGACCCACGGCGAUUCCAGUCGGAACUGACGGAGUACAAGAAGUACAUCAAGGCCAUGGUCGAGCUCGCAGGAGCUGGUAACAUGAGUGCGAAUUACGCCAACGAGAUUUUGGAGUUCAGUACCAAAAUCGCCAGAAUUAUGGCAACACCCGAGGAGCGGCGCAGCUCGGAUCACCUGAUUCACGACGUGACGAUCGACGAGCUCCAGGAACUGACCGAUCUGCAUGUGCAGCAGUGGAACUGGACGAGGUACUUGGAGGCCGUGUUCGAGAACACGAACGUCACGAUAAAUCCGGCCGAGGACCGAGUUAUCAUCAUGGACCUGCACUAUUUGCAGAAAUUACCGUUGCUGCUGGCCACUACGCCGCACGCCACGAUAGUCCGAUUCGUCUGGUGGAACGUGUACUCGACCGUCGCCCCGCUGACGCUGCAGAAGUUCCGCGACCUCGGCUUCCAGUUCUCGCAGAAGGUCUACGGGCUGAAGGAGAAGACGCCGCGCUGGAAGGGAUGCACCGGCAACGCCAACGCGAACUUUGGCAUGGCGCUCAGCUACGUUUACGCGCAGAAACACUUUAACGAACAGGCGCGAGAAAAGGCAUUGGAGAUGCUGUUGGACAUCAGGGCGGCAUUCGAUGAGAUGGUCGCCGAACUAGAUUGGAUGGAUAUUGGCACGAGAGCUCGAGCUCAUCGGAAGUUACACGCGAUGAGGCCGUUCGUAGGAUUUCCCGACUGGAUCACCAACCCAAAAGAAUUGAACAAGUUCUACGAUGGAGCAGAGGUGAUCGAUGGAAAAUUAUUCGCGACUUUCCUGAAGCUGACCAAUGUGAGCGUAAAGAAAAGUCUGAACAAUCUGCGCCAAAAGCCUGACAAAAACCGGUGGAUAUCAACAGGCACGACGGUAAAUGCGUUCUACAGCGCCAUACUGAAUUCAGUCACUUUCCCGGCUGGUAUCCUGCAUCCACCAUUCUACGGCAACGGAUUAGAGUCCAUCAAUUACGGCGCUAUGGGGGCUAUUAUGGGCCACGAGCUUACACACGGUUUCGACGAUCAAGGUCGCAGAUACGACGAAAACGGCAAUCUCCGGCAGUGGUGGAGCGACGAGACGUUGCGACACUAUCACGAGAAGGUGCAGUGUAUCAUCGAGCAGUACAGCAACUAUCAUUUGCCGGAGCUGGGUGAUAAUUUCACGGUGAACGGCAUCAAUACCCAGGGCGAAAACAUCGCCGACAACGGCGGCAUCAGGGAAGCUUACAGGGCGUACCAGAGACUGAUUGCACGCAGCCCCUACCAGCAAGUUCUGCCUGGUCUCGUCGACUAUAGCAACGAGCAGCUGUUCUUCUUGGGCUUUGCUCAGGUCUGGUGCGGAAAUUAUACAAACGGAGCGUUGAAGUCCAAGGUGAUAGAGGGCGUCCACGCGCCGAAUCACUUUAGGGUAAUUGGCACGCUGUCGAACAACGCGGAAUUCGCCAAGGCGUGGAAAUGCCCGCUCGGUAGUCCCAUGAAUCCGCCGCACAAGUGUAUCUUGUGGUAGAUGUUUCUCGCAACGUCCAUUCAUCGCGAUCAUUCACGCGACCGAAUCCGAUUUCUCAGAUUUCUUAUAGAAAUAUCCGUGCAGACACGCGUACAUGUAUAUAGUAUUGAAAUGCGUUAUUCAUUCCCGGCGAUAUUAAGAUUCCUGAUCAGUCACGGCCAUAUUGGACUGAUGACGUGAGAAAAACCAAAAUUCCUGCAAACUACGGCUAGAUAAAAAGAUGUAUCAUUAAAAUGGCACUUGCAAUCUAUUCUACAUACUUGUGAAAUGCUCCAAAUAAAAAAAUACUUCCUCUUUUGCCCAAAUAACUAUUAAAUAAUCGCAAAAUAAAUGUAACAAAUUUUUGCUCCAAAUAAAAAAAUACUUCCUCUUUUGCUCAAAUAACUAUUAAAUAAUCGCAAAAUAAAUGUAACAAAUCGUCUCGUUUUGGUGGAAAAUCAACUGCGAUGUCGAAUAUGAUCAAAUGUCUACUUAUACACAUUAAAUAAGCACAGUAUCAGGAACAUUUCCAAAAUUGUAUCACAUGUGAUAUGUACGUAUUACGCUCAGUAACAACGCUGUGGUUUGCAGGAAAAAAUUGGUCGUCCUUUUACAUCAUUAGAUCUGUUAGUUUUCGAUGAAUUUUUGCACUAAUAAGACAACUAUAUUUAUAUUUUCUUUCAAAAACUAUACGUGUAUUUUCUUUCACUCUAACUUUCUUAUUGCAAUAGUUUGCAGAAGUUCUUCGGAAACGAACAGACCUAUUUUCUCACUUAAUUAUUUUGUCGAUUACAAUCGUGUCGUCGCUGUCAACGCGGAGUUCUUGGCCGAUCAGGAGCCUUAAUUUAACCAGAUAUCGAUUCUGUUAACUCUCAACUAAAUUUCUUUUCAGUAUAACGACCAUUCCUAUAUUUUUUUCUAUAAGAUUACAUGAGAAAUCGACCGCGAUGAAUCGACGAGCUAACAGUGUUCACCGUCGCGAACCCACACCGUGAAUAAUUUCUAGACGUAACAAUUGGUGCGGUGAUAACUCGACGAAAUUGUAAAUAGACUGAUUCGUAGGAACUAGCGAGUAAUUUAUUACGCACUUAGACGAUACUCGUAGUCUUAAGUUUAUCAUAUGUAAAUAUAUCACAUAGAAAAGAUGAUAAUUUUUAUAAAGAGAUUACUCUCUCAA